AAGCUCUGCAGGAGCACUUCCUCUUCAUCCACUAGGUGACUGCAUAUGAGAUAAACGUCCACAGAAUGAAGACUGUGCAGCUCUCAAUCUUCUAUCUGCUCUUGUGGUGUUCAGCUGGAGAGAGUUUAAAAAAUAAACUGGUGGUUUUAGGGCAAAACGUGACUUUAAACUGUGAUCUUGAUAUUAAAGAGAUUAAUUGGCUUUUCCUGAAACUGCCAGAUUCUCUAGCGGUGAUACUGCGAACUUUCAGUUCAGAAACGACAUCGCUUUUUUAUAAUGACAAUAGAUUCAAAGACAAUUAUUCAACGUUGACAUUGAGUCGUUUAUUUAUUAGUAAUAUAACAGCAGAUGAAUUAGGAAUAUAUUAUUGUGCAAAACAAGGCUCAACUCUACAUCUCGACAAUGGCACCAGACUUUACAUCACUGAAAACAGCCAAAAUCAGAAUGAAACAGAACUCAACAGUCAGCAACAUCAGCAUCAGAUUCUGACAGUCACAUCCAUUGCAUUGAACGUUGUGAUGUUUAUUCUAAUAAUAGGUCUGUUAAAGCUCAAAUUUAAGACGCAUACAAAAAGUCGACAACAAUGUCAGAAUGUUGAACCAGUUCAGCUUGAGGACUUAAAUGCUGUACAGUAUUCUGAGAUCGAGUGCUCCCCAUAUUCCACAGAGGUAAAGUCAAGUCAGAUCAACAAUACUUAUGCGUUUCUUCAGAAUCCAAAACCAAAUCCUCAACACACACAAACUUGAGAACAGAUCAUCGUAACCUGCACCUUAUGAAUUUGUUCUUGAGGUGGUUUGGGGAUUUUUGCACCUUCUGUGGAUUUUUCUGAUAUUGCAGUGACUGGCACAAGCAAAAAAAACCCUGUCAGAUUUGAGUCAUAUAAAGGUCAUCACGUUUCCUGUCUCCAUUUGCAAUAAUCAUAGUAUUUACUUAUUUAAUCAUAAAAUACACCACUUGUUAUUCUGCUACGAAGUAACCAGACAACAUUAGAUGUUACAGUUUGAUGACUGUCGACACGAAUCUUCCUUGAUGUUAUGUUUUUUAUUUAGUCUCUAAAUGACUAAAUGAAUGUAAUCGUUUACAUUUCCUGUGUGGUUUACUGUGCAGGAAAGAUUAUGUACGAGCACUAACCCUGCUGAAAGAAAAUAUUUAAACCAGUUUAAGAUGGUUUGCUGGACUUAACUGGUUUAAGAAGGUUUAGUUCAGGUCUCCUAGCCUGAUUUUCAGCUGGAUUAGCUGAUCUCCUUAUAUGGCAUACAAUUAGUAUCAUAAACCACUGUAAAAUGUCUAACUUAAUCUGCUUGGUUGCCAGCUAAAACUAGCUAUAGACUUUAAGUUGGUUUAAAUA